AUGGCGAGUCGUGGGACUAAAGUGCGGGCCUCAGCUCUCUUCUUACUGCUGCUCUUCGCCACUUGGACUGGUGGCUGCGCCCAAGCCGAGGAGGAGAUGGAGGAACAGCGCUCCUGCCACGGCGCCUUCGAUCUCUAUUUCAUCUUGGACAAGUCUGGCAGUGUGAAACACCACUGGACAGAAAUUUACUCCUUUGUUGAAAGUCUGGCUGAAAAAUUCAUAAGUCCAAUGUUGCGGAUGUCUUUCAUUGUCUUCUCUUCUAAAGGAACUACAAUCAUGAAGUUGACAGAAGACAGAGAAGCAAUACGCCGGGGUCUUGAGGUCCUUCGGUAUGAAGUGCCAGGAGGAGACACAUUCAUGCAUAAAGGAUUUGAAAGGGCAAAUGAACAGAUUUACCACGAAAAUUAUGGAGGUCUCCGUACUGCUAGUGUAAUCAUCGCCCUGACUGAUGGAGAAUUACAGAAAGAACAAUUUUAUUUUGCAGAGAAAGAAGCAGACAGAGCCAGGACCUUUGGGGCUAUUGUCUACUGCGUGGGAGUGAAGGAUUUUAAUGAGACACAGCUGUCAACAAUUGCUGAUAGCAUUGACCAUGUGUUCCCUGUUACGGGUGGAUUUCAUGCCCUUCGAGGCGUCAUUGACUCAAUCCUGAAGAAAUCCUGCAUUGAAAUCUUAGCAGUGGAGCCUUCUAGCGUGUGUGCAGGAGAGUCCUUCCAAGUGGUGGUGCGAGGCAAUGGCUUUUAUCAUGCCCGGAAUAUUGACCAAGUCCUCUGCAGCUUUAAGAUCAACGACACCGUGACCAUCAAUGAGAAACCAACAGUUGUACAAGACACAUACUUAUUUUGUCCUGCACCACAACUAAAUGAGAUUGGACAAAAAUCAGAAGAGGUUCCGCUGCUGCUAGCCCCUUCUCCCACUCCCGAUGGGUUUGGGGGGAUUUUUUCCCCCGUUCGCAGCACCAUGGCCUUACGGAUUGUUUUUGGAUGGAAUGGGGAGCCAGGGAGCAGCCUCUCCCCCCAGCAGUUUUCAUUGAUUUUUGGCUUUUUCUCUCCUCAACAGGGAAGAUGCAUCAACUUCACUCGUGUAAAGUCUGAUGGCAAACCAACUGCCUUCAAACCGCCACCAAGAUCACCACCCAGCCACGAGAGUGUCCCCCUCAACAAUGCCCCCCGGGGCCCUCCUCCUCCUCCAACAUCUCUUCAGCCUCCUUCCAGGCAGCUGCCUCCUGUUCCCCCUCCUGCUCGUCUACCCCCGGGACCCCCACCAUCCCGCCCACCCCCUCAGCCUGACUUUUAAAACUCCAGAGGAACCAAGAUCGACAAAACCCAGUUCUUUGCUGAACUCAACAUAUUUAUUGAGUCUUGGUUUACAGCUGAAAAAUAUUGGAAUUUGUUGCUGGUCAGCAAAAAAAAAAAAAAGCAAA